UGCCCAGUGACGCAGAGACGUCACCAGUCGGUAGGCGGAAAAGCGGUAGAGUGUCUCGGUAUCUACAGAUAAAGGCGAACCGGGUGAUUUUAUUAAGGAGAUUCAUACAGGAGAUAUUAAAAAGGUUAGCUUCGUACCGGCUGAAAUGGCGGUUCCUGCGGGUCAGACAGAUUCGCAGAUGGACAGAGGCGCCCUGAGCGGCGGCCAGACAGUUUCCCCUGAAAACAACAUUGACAUCGACGAGAAAGAGUUGGAAAAUAUCACAAAGAAAGACCAAGAAGACGAGACGACUACGCUGCCUCUGCACUCACCUUGGACGUUUUGGCUGGACAGGUCAUUACCGGGCACGACGGCUGCAGAAUGCGAAUCCAAUCUGAAGAAGAUCUACACCGUGCAAAGUGUUCAGAUGUUCUGGAGCGUAUACAACAACAUCCCUCCAGCCACAGCCCUGCCUUUGAGAUGUAGCUAUCACUUAAUGCGUGGAGAGCGGAGGCCACUGUGGGAAGAAGAAAGCAACGCAAAAGGAGGAGUGUGGAAGAUGAAAAUACCAAAAGAAAGCACUUCUGCAGUUUGGAAAGAGUUGUUACUUGCUACUAUUGGGGAGCAGUUUGCAGAUUACUGUGCCUCAGACGACGAGGUUGUUGGUGUCAGUGUUAGCAUUCGGGAUCGGGAAGAUGUUGUACAGGUCUGGAAUAGCGACGCAUCUCUUGCUAAUGAAGCAAAUAUCUUGGGAAAAGUCUAUGAGCUCCUCCCGUACAUACCCUUUAAAGCUGUUUUUUAUAAGUCCCACAUGGAACAUCAUGCCUUUGAAGGAGGACGCUCAAGACAUUAAAUGAUUGUAUUGCACUUUUUUAUUUGAACCUGAACGCUGUUCCUGCCUUUGCGUAAAGGCCCUGUCCAAAACCUAAUCAAGGAUGUUAUUUUGCAUUCAACAAGAAAAUAGUUGUCACUAUAUUUUUAUAACUUUCAAAGACUGAUGCCUUGUUUAAUUUUGAUGUGGGUUCUAAAGCGCUGAACUCUUCAGAGAAUGUAUAUCCAGCAUAAAUCUCAUCCUGAGUUUGUUAGUUCAUGUUGGUUUUGACUUCCUCCUGUACUGAACUGCACUGUCAUGGUCCUGUUCUCUGUACGGCCUAUGGACCUCACAAUUUAUUCCUGGUAUAGAGGUAGCAGCUACAUAAUUGGUGUGUUUUAACUGUUUAAAAUAUCUCAAUUCAUAUCAUGUUUUAGUCGGUGCCAAAGCACUUUUUACAAACAUUUAAGAAGUUUGUGUCCCCACUUGGUUUCUUGAAACUUUUAUUAACUGUACAUCACAUUUAAAUCAGGGUAACGCUUGGAAAUAUUGCACAUGACGACCUAUUCCAAUCACAGUGUCCCUCAGUUAUAAAGCCAUCACAGGGAAUCAGAAGAUAUCCCAGUGCAGAUAUGGCCUGAAGAAACUCUGCUUUGGUUAAAGAGCAAAACCCAACCUGAAAGGUGCCUCUUUGAAUGUUCUCAGCUACGCCACAUUUGACAUUUCUUUCAAUACACGUGUUGAAAGUAGACCCUCUGCUCUGUUGAAUGGAGACACGGAUUGUUUAGUGUAUUACCCUGAAGAGAAACUGCACAUUUCUUGCUCGGAUAGUGGUGCUCGUCUGUACUUGCUGAGAAAAAGGCAGCAUUGUUUGCUUAAGUUACAUAAGGUCAUGCUAUCCCCAUAUUUAGCAUGAUGUGUAGAUACAAUAUGUUGAAUUCUAUGUUUAAGAAAAAGUCAAAUAUGACGGAUACUAGCGAGUUUCAAUAGCAAUUGAGUCAAUGCAUUCUGCUGCUUCAAAGGAAAAGCACACUUUAAACCAGAACACUGACCUCGUCUAUUUGAUCAUCUUUAUUAUGAUUAAGAGCGUCACCAAUAAUAGAGGAAAAACAUAUUUUUCUAUUAGCUCCCUUUACAAAUCUGGGACAGUAUUUUUGAGACUCCAUCUCCCAGAUAGAGUUCCCUUCAUUAACACAGUUGUACUAUUGCAGUGCAGGCUACAGUAAACUGAAUGCUUCUGCUGUUAUUGUGUCACCACUUUUACUGUAUAGUUCCACCCUGGACUGGUUUAUAUGUUAGUUAUAAUUGGACAAUAUUUCCUUUGAAAACAUGAUUUUUGCAGUGACAUGAACAAAGUAAAUAAAAUGGAAAUGAAAAUUA